CCGCCCGGGCUGGCGGGACGCGAGCGCUCCGGGCUCGGCCAGCGCCGCCGGCUCCUGCCCUCUGCAGCCGGGGGAGACGCCCGAGGAGACCCGCGGCGGAGCCCUGGGGCCAGGGACGAAGUGGGAGGAACAAGCUUAUGUGAAAAUGAAUAAUGCAGGGGAAGCUGCAGGGUUUACCGUCAGGAGGAGAAUAAAUGUCUGAAAGAAAGAGAUGUGAAAAAGAAUGGCAAGCGGCCUCCCACGACGACCACCUCACACGCGAUGUUCUAUGGAUCUUCGUCCGCCAUGUCCCCACCUUCCAAAAACAAGCUCAAGCGUCAGAGCCGAAUAUUCUCUCAGGUCUUAUACCGGACGCUGAGCUAUAAGGACCGCAGCUCGGUGUCGGCUUUCCCGGUGGCCAGCAGCGAUGACCCAGCUGAACUUUCCACUCAGGUCUCGACCCCAGGGGUCCUGAAGAUAUUUGGGGGCAACAUCUGCGCAGGCACCCACUACAAGAGCGUCCUGGCCAGCGGGAGUUCAAGUGCACAGGAGCUGGUGAAGGAGGCACUGGAGCGCUAUGGGCUGAGCAAGGUGGACGCUGGCCACUAUGUGCUGUGUGAUGUUAUCGGGAUGUUCGGCGGCUCCGAGAAACAGUGGCAAACGGAGGGGUUGCGAGUCUUCGGUGAUCAUGAGAAGCCUCUUCUGAUCCAGGACCUAUGGAAGCCCCGGGAAGGGUUCUCCCGGCGUUUGGAGCUACGGAAGAGAUCAGAGGUGGAGGAGCUGACUGCGAGGGACAUAGACACGAUCACAGCAGGCAUAAACGCCCAGGCUCGGAAGCUGCAGAGGAACCGGGCGAAGGGCGCCAUGACCCUGCUGACAGGGUGCAAGCGACACUCCCCGCCACCAACCCUCCGACGCAGCGUCAGCGAGACCAGCCUGAGUCACGUGGGCUCCCCCGAGGAAGAGCUCAAGAGACAUUACUCCACGCUGCCCGAGAACGUCCGCGGCCUGGAGAGCUCGAGGGAGGAACAGCAGGCUCCUCCGGCGGAGCAGAACGGCAGCAGCAUGCGGUACUCCCUCUACCAGUCCCCUCACCUCCUACUCCUGCAGGGCUACAGCUACCAGCAUGUAAGCACCCAGUUUGUGUAGGGAUGGGAUAAGCACAACACCGUGGGCCAACGGACUCAGUCCAGCAAACCCAGCAUCAGCCUCUUCGCCCCAGACAUCCUGCCCCUUCACUGCACCAUCCGGCGGAUCAAGAUGUCGAGCCGCUCCCGACAGCGUUCGGAGGAGAAGCUGGUCCUAGAGCCCAUCCCGGGGGCCAGUGUGUCCGUCAACUUCUCCGCAGUGGGAAGGACGAUUGUGCUGCACCAUGGAGAUCUCCUCUCCUUGGGGCUUUACUACCUGCUUCUCUACAAGGACCCCGUGAGGGCCCAGCCGCUGCCGGCCCAAACGCUGAUGAGGCUGAAAUCGAUGCACCGAGCCUUGGACCCCGAGGCACCGGUGACUUGUAGGAUGUGUGGCAGCCAGCUGAAAGAAAGGGGCUCCUCCUCCAAGAAGCACGGGCCCUCCCCCAUUUCCGGACACCGGUCAGCCAGGAAGAGGCUUCAGCUGGAGUAUGAGAGAGCUGCCGAGGACAUGCUGGUGAGAAGGAUCGUGACCUUGAUCGAGCCUGGGGGCGACGACCACAAGUUGACGCCAGCCUUCCUUUUGUGCCUCUGCAUCCAGCACUCUGCCACCAGCUUCGAGCCGGGUGACUUCGGCCAGCUGCUGCUCAAGUCAGCCAAAAUGAUUCAGAGGACAGUGUGGGAGAAAACGAAAGAGCUGGCCGAAAAGCAGUCCCAGCAGCAGGAUCCUGGAUCCCUGUCCCGCUUCGCUGUCACAGACCUGCUCCCGGACCUGCAGCACAUUCUCUUCUGGAUGUCCAACUCCAUCGAGCUCCUGUACUUUAUCCAACAGAAAUCCCCCAUCUACAUCCAGAGCCUGGAGGAGGAGCUGGAUGUCAGGGGUUCUAAGGAGUCUCUGUUCUCCUCAACCAUCACAGCCAGCGAGGAAGCCAUGACGGUCCUAGAGGAAGUGAUUAUGUAUACUUUUCAGCAGUGUGUCUACUAUAUCUCCAAGUCUCUGUACGUAUCUCUGCCUGCCCUCCUGGAGUGUAACCCCUUCCAGAGCGAGGGUCAGGAAGGUUGGCGGGCAUCGCCCCAGCUGCCUGAAGAAAUACGCAGAAUCGUGUUGAUCUACCAGGCUGCUCUAGACCUUCUCCACCAGUAUGAAGUGCACCCUGAAAUAGCCUCCCAGAUGUUUGCCUACCUCUUCUUCUUCUCCAACACGCUGCUCUUCAACCAGCUCAUGGACAAAGGUCCUCCAUUGGGAUGUUUUAAUUGGCCAAAAGGCUAAUGAGAUUGUGAAAUGUAUCAACAGNNCCUGGAAUGGGUGGGGGGCGGGGGCUUCGGGCACCUGGCCGAGCAGUUCUUCAGCAGGCUCUCCAGCGUGGCUCACCUGCUGGCCAUGCCAAGCUCCCAGCUGGCGCAGAUGACCUGGCCACUACUGAGGGCCGAGUUCCCCGCCCUGAGCCCCGCACAGCUCCAUCAUGUCCUGACCCAGUACCAGGCAGCGUCCGACGUGGGGGGUGUUGUGGCCUGGCAGCCCUGGCAGGAUGACGUCCCUGCAGCCUUCAGGACAGAGGAGGUGCUGGAGUCCUUCGAUAACCACCCGCCCAUCGUGCUGCCGAGCGGAGGAUUUAAGGUGGACUUGGAGGUGGAGACGCUGGACGAGAACGUGUACCGGCAUCUCCUGUACGUGCGCCACUUCCUGUGGAGUCUGCGGAGCAAAAGCCCCCAUGCCAGUGACCUGCCGGAGCCGGAGGCCCUGAAGAAAGAAGUGCCGACCAGCCAAAAUGCCCCCGAGCUGACCGAGAACACCCGCCCCUUGCCAGCCCUGGGCAAUUCCUUUGGCCAGGUGAAUCACAGGCGCCCAGGAAGCUGUGCUGAGGCUGAAGGGAACCCUACGCUCCCCACGGACAGGAGCAGGUCCCCCAGAGACUGCUAUGCCAAUGAGACGCAGCGCCCAGAGAAACACCAGCAUCUGCACCUGCACAGCAGCCUGGGCAAAAACCACUUCUCCAAGGCCAGCGUGGAUGCCUCCUGCUUACUGACCCCUCCCAACACGCCGCUGAACUUCGACCCGGGGAGCCCGGAAGCCCUACAGAGCACCAGCUACGGGAAAGCCAACCUGGACGUCAGGAAGGACGGAGCCAAUGGCACCAAAGCCACCACCCCUGAAGCAUGUUCUCCGCUGCCCUAUGACUACCCCACGCCCGCUUCCUCCAGCCGCAGCUCAGCCACGGAUGACUUCUGCUACGUCUUUGUGGUGGAGCUGGAAAAAGGGCCCAUUGGGCUGGGGAUGGGACUGAUUGACGGCCUGCACACCCCUUUGAACUCUCCUGGCAUCUACAUCCGGACCCUUAUCCAGGACAGCCCUGCAGCCGCAGACGGCAGACUCUCCAUUGGAGACCGCAUCCUGGCUGUGAACGGCGCCAGUCUCAUCGGAGCAGAUUACCAGAGUGCAGUGGAGUUCAUCCGCUCGGGAGGGACGAAGCUGCGGUUUCUGGUUGCCAAGUCGGACAUGGAACUAGCCAAAAAAAUCAGCUCCAGCUCAUCCCCAGCCUCUUAACGCCCACGCGGGAAGGGCCUGUCCGUCCCCUGCAGGCGGCGCUGCUGUCGUAGCCAACUACACGAAGCCUGGUGGGACCAGCAGAGACUGUCCUUGGACCAGGGAGGAGCCGGUAUGAAAUCGCCCCAGGCCAGGACUGGAGAACUCUUCUCAAUUUGCUUUUCACGCUGCUGGGCGCCUGUUCCGCUCCGCCAGGAUCCCAGAGCCAUGGUGCCGAGGGAGAGUGGGGGAGGGGGUGUUACAGUCCAAACACCCCUCGCUCACAGCUAUAUCGCAUGGGCCUCCGUACAGCUGACGCCCUU